AUGUUCGUCAGGUCCAUUCGAAUAUGGGCUCUGCUCUGCCUUGUCCUGGCAUUGCAGCUUGCCACAGCCCAGAGCUUCCAAGCUACUCGAAGAGCCGACGAUGCCUCGCCGACAACACACGCUCCAGCAUCAACCACAACCAGAUCACCCAAAGAGACAGAAAAAGAACAAGUUGGGAAAAGUGACGACAACUCCAAGACGGGAUCUAGCGACGCAGACAGUUCUGUCACGGCGACUGCAACGAGCACCGGUAAUAUCACAGUCAGUGAAACUAGCACGGGAACCACCACGCCCACGCCCAGCUCGACGGGUAAUUCGACCUUCCUCAAUGCUACAAUCCCUCAUGGUCAAUUGCCUCUCGCGCCAAAGCUAACUCCGGGAUGGGGCGUCGCUGGCACCAUUAUGAUGCUUACUGGUCUGGUGUACGCUCUCAUUGGGAUUAAGAAUCCCUGGGUCCACGCCUUUUUCUCGACCGCCUACAUGGUAGCACUGGGUGUUGCCGUGCUCAUUGUCUAUCUCAUGAAUGUUCCACUGGGCAAUGGCUUGCAAGGAGGUUACGUCGCAGCCAUUAUACUCUCCGGUUGUGCAGUUGGAACGGCCGCCAUGUUCUUCAAGGAUUUGACUGAAAGUCUGGGAUGUGCUCUCGGGGGUUUCUGCAUUAGCAUGUGGCUUCUUUGCCUCGUUCCCGGCGGCCUGCUACAUUCCACGGCCUCGAAAGCCAUCUUCAUUGCCUGCUUUACGGUUGUGGGCUUCGCCUUUUACUUUAGCCGCUUUACUCGCGACUGGGCUUUGCUUAUUUCUAUUGCCUUUUCUGGCGCCACUAUAUCAGUCCUCGGUAUUGACUGCUUCAGUCGAGCUGGUCUCAAAGAAUUCUGGGCUUGGAUCUGGGCCCUUAACGACAAUCUUUUUCCUCUGGGCGCAGAUACAUACCCAGUCACGAGAGGCAUCCGAGUCGAAACUGCGGCCAUCAUAAUCAUUUUUCUCGUUGCCACCAUGUCCCAGGUCAGACUAUGGAAAGUUGUCCGCGAGAAGCGUGAGAAGCGGGCUGCGCUUCGUGCCGAAGGUCAGCGGAAUCUCCAGGAGGAGGAAGAGACUGUCGGUCGACAAAUUGAGGAAGCCAACGCUCGUGAUCGCGCUGAAUGGGAGCGCGUAUAUGGUGACGGGGGCGCCGAGAGUGUUACAGCUUCGCAACUAUCUGACGGACGUGUUCAAGAAAAGGACCUGUCUCACAGCAAUGUUUAUGCCGUCAGGGGGCGAUCUGGUGAUGCUACUGAAAUGAGCGACCUGUCAGAAUGCGGCCACAGCGCCAUAGACCAGCUAAUGGCUGGUGAGGGUGAUGAAGGCGGAGUGACUGUGCGAGUCGGAACCGAUGACCUCCCGGAGAGUGUGGCGAAUGACAUGUACGAGGGUGAUGAAAAAGGCCUGAUUAGUGAGAGCAACGCCCAGGGUCUGAACGCUUCCCAUCACUCAGCCACUGGCGAAAGGCGAACGUCAAAACUCUCAACCAGAAGCAAACGUGCCUCUGGUAAUACCGCUGCCAGCAGCAGGGUUCUGGCCAACCCGCAAACCGUUACGCCUUCGCCCGAAAUCGUACCUUUGCCAUUCAGUGUACCUCAAGGCCAUCUCACUCAAUCUGAGCGAUCUUCUGUCGCAACGUUCGCCGAUGCCGAGGAAGAUGCUACCUUGGCGAUUCCACACCGCACUGAAAGGUCCUCAGUUGUCAAGCGCUUAUCACAAGGAUCCGCAGAUCUUCUACGAAACCUAUCACAACGCUCGGAGCGCUCGAACCACGCGCCCGAGCUUGCCCGCAAUGGAGGCGGAAGUACCGAAAUGCUUUUGACAGAGGUUGAACCGCAUCGUCAAGACCAAGAUAACGAGUCUCUUGCCGCCACAAUGGACGUUGAGAGUGUCAGCGGUGGCCAGCGUCGUUCCUUGGACAUGGAUGAUGACAACGUGAAAGAGGUUGAUCCAGAGACUGUUGUUGAGGAUGCCGGCACAUCAGAGGAGAGACCCGAGGUCAAUGCUGAAGUGACUCAGGCGAAAGGGACCGCAGUUGACCAGUCGAAUGCGAAGUCUCAGAAAGCAAAGAGGCAAAGUACGACGUCUCAAAACAAGACUACCAGUCCAACAAAUUCCGAAGACCCCGAUCAGGCAGUCAGCCCGCCGCAAUCCGAGGUGGUCAAGUCGGUUGCAUCCGAGAUUUCCGGUCCCGUUAGCCUGACGAGAGAGCGUCUUCCGAGUUCAAUGUCCCGGGUCGCAUUGUCCUACCGUACAAAUGAGUGGGCUAAACACUUGAGCAACGCCGACCUACCUGAUGUGGAUGAGCUACCAGUUGAGAAGCCCGCCCGCACAAAAAAGGCCACCAACGAGCGUGUCAAGCCAGUCGAUGUGCAAGAACUUCAAAGGACUGCAGAGGAUGGAGCCCCGGCGCCUGCGCUUCCACGUUCACAAUCUCGGCUAUCUACGAUGUCUACUGCUAGCGGAAAACCGCAGACUCCAACACCGACCGACACCGAGCCCAUUCAGGUGGCUAAUCUCGCGGCUUCUGCACCCUCGCGUGAAACGUCUAGCUUUGUUGCGCCAAAAGACGCUACGCCAAUUCCCAGGUUGCGUUCUGUCUCUUCUACAAACAUGCGCAAGUCUUCUCCGACAGUUCGGUCCAUUCCCGAGGAGCGACAAGAUGUCGAUACAUUACCAGCAGCCCCUGAACAGGAAGAAGAACCAUCCAGAGAAGCAAGUCCUGUACUGGAGGCUGGUCCGUUUCUCAAGCCCACUGGUGCUUCUGGUAUAGUCUCGUACUCCAGUCCGCAAACACUCCUUGGCCAGCGCGAGAUUUUUCUGCGCAGCAAAUCGCAGGGAAGUCUUGUGAGUAGCGUUGGCGACAUGCAAGGCACGCCGCUCCCUCCCAUGACAGCCCCUAGUGAUGCUGGCUCUCUGCACAACUACCCCAUGUAUGCUUCGGGCUUUGCCUCGGAUCCCGACGAGAUACCACUGAGCCAACGCCGCUCCAUGAUUCUCAGCAGCCGCAUGUCGAUGAAUGAGUCGUCACUCUCUCUAAAUCGCGCCGGGAGUCGCGCCGGAAGUAGCCACGGCGGUGCCGACAACCUCGCCUUCAACUCUCACCAACCCAAGCGAACUUCAGGGCUCCCCUCAUCGGCUGCGCGAGACAUGCAGCUAGCCAAUUUCCGCAUGUCUGUCUCACAGGAUUUGCGUGCCGGUAAUCCCAUGAUGUCUGGCGGCGGGCGCGAAACGCCCUUUACGUCUACCAACUCUCUGCUUGGUGGUCGUGAAGCCGAGGUGCAACGCAACAUUGAGAUGCAGCGCCACGUUCUUUUGGGGCAAAAGGAAGCCGAGGCUCAGAGGAGAGAGAUGCAGCGCCGCGAUAAGGAAUCCUCUGAUCGUGCCUUUGACGACCGCAUGCGCCGCGGCGACCUGAUUGAUGCCCACCGCGAGGCCAUGCGCAAGAUGCAGCGAAGUGCUAGUAAACACUAA